AUGGAUAACGAUAAGGUUUCAAGGAAACAGCUUUUUGACACUGUAAUGCUUUAUAAUGUUUUACCACCGUCAUCUUCGCUGACGUGGGAACCCCAAUGUAGACUAUUUCAAGGUAAAAUGUGCGUGUCAGAGCUGAUAAACAAAAAGGACGACAUGCCUUGGUAUCAGAUCAAGUUCGACUGGGAUGCUGAUGAUGAAGAAAAGUCCUUCUUUUGUCAAACUGGGGUUAUCAAAUGUACUAAAAACUUUAACGCUACAAUAGAGAAAAGAGAAGAGUGGUUUAAAAUAAUGAUGGAGUGCUCGAACGGGAAACACAUUCCACUAGAGUUGCGAAUAAGGAGUCCAAUAGAGGAACAAAUGUUUAAUGAUCUCCUCUUCCGGAUAAGAGAAGAGUACGAAAUGAUAGAUGACAUGUUGGGUUCUUCCAAUGAUAGUGGCUCAGAAUUUGGUGAGUUUGUCGGCUUUCCAUGA